AUGCAUGUGCCCAGUGUGGAAAAGCACAUGCUUACGCUUUUACACACUAAAACACACACUGGAGAUAAGCCUCAUCAUUCUAUCCAGUGUGGAAAUGCUCUGACAUCUCCAGUCUCCAGUGUUAAAAUGCACAGGCUAGUGCACACUGGAGAGAAGUCUCAUAAAUGUGGCCAGUGUGGAAAAGCAUUUCAAAGGUCCAGUGAUCUUAAACGCCACAUGCUAACACACUCUGGAGAGAAGCCUCAUCAAUGUGUGCAGUGUGGAAGAUGUUUUUCACAAAUGUCAACUCUUAAAACCCAUAUGCGAAUACAUACUGGAGAAAGGCCUCAUAAAUGUGUCCAGUGUGGAAAAGUUUUUUUCCAAAUGUCAUAUCUUAAACGCCAUAUGCGAAUGCACACCAGUGAAAGGCCUCAUAAAUGUGUGCAGUGUGGAAAAGGUUUUUCACAAAAUUCACAGUUGAAAACUCAUAUGAUGAAACACAUUGGAGAGAAGCUUCACAAAUGUGCUCAGUGUGGAAAAGCUUUUGCACAUCAGCACAUUCUUAAAUACCACAUGCUAAUACACUCUGGAGACAAGCCUCAUAAAUGUGUCCAGUGUGGAAAAGCUUUUACACAAGUUUCAAGUCUUAAAUUCCAUAUGAUGGUGCACACUGGAGAGAAGCCUCAUCAAUGUGACCAGUGUGGAAAAGCUUUUACACAAGUUUCAAGUCUUAAAUUCCAUAUGAUGAUGCACACUGGCGAGAAGCCCUUUAAAUGUGCCUACUGCGGAAAAGCAUUUCCAAACAUUGCAAGACUCAAUCGUCAUAUGCAAACACAUUCUGGAGAGAAGCCUCCAGAAUGUUCCAAAUCCGUUGUGACGACACACUCUGGAGAGAAGCCUAAUGAAUGCUCCAAAUCCAUUGUGACAACACAUUCUGGAGUGAAGCCUUAUGAAUGUUCCAAUUAAGCAAUAAGCCCCGAGAGGCCGUAGGUUAUACUGAUUCUAUUGAUUUUUGUUAUUAUUAUUAUUUUUAUGAAUGUUAUUAUUAUAAUGCCUAAUUUAGUUUUUUACUGUAUUUGAAAUUAUUAUUGUUAACUAAUAAUGCUGCGUUUAUAUUCUGUUUAUAGUUACUUUGGACAAGACCGGGAAGCAUAAAUAUAAACACAGCUUCUAUUUAUAGUCUCAGCUCUCUGCGGUCAGUAGGCUAUUUGGAAGUGUUCCCCAUGGAUGUAGAGGUUCCAAACGGCAAGAAAGCCCAAUAGUAUUCUUACAAUAAAGAUAUAAUUCAUUGGUCUAA